GCCAGCCAGGCGCAGGACAUCCUCAACAAGUUCGACACGCUGGCCGACAGGAUCAAGACGCUGCUGUCGGAGCGCGAGGAGCAGUAUCGCGACCACCGCCUGUACAAGGAGGCGCACGACGAGCUCAUCGGCUGGCUGGGCCGGGCCCGGGAGAAGGUGCCCUCGCUCAAGCAGCGCUCGCUCAGCGACAAGCUGGCCAUCGAGAGCGCGCUCGCGCCCCUGGAGGCGCUCCUUAACAAGCAGGCCCAGGGCGAGAUGCUGCUCGAGCCGCUGCGCAGCCGCGGGGAGGUGGCGCUCGCCGGCACCUCGCCCCAGGGCCAGGAGACGAUCCGCAGCGAGAUCCGCGCGCUGCAGGAGAGCUUCACCACGCUCUUCAAGGAGAUCCAGCAGCAGAAGGACGCGCUGGAGGCGACCAUCGUGCAGUGGCGCGAGUACAAGGAGGAGUACGAGCGGAUCUCCGACUGGCUCCAGCAGAUCGACAUCCUCGUUAAGGCGUACAAGAACGCGCUGCUGUCUACCAUCCCAGAGAAGAGGAAGCAGGUCCAGGAGGUGAAGGACGUGCUGAAGCGCCUGGAGGACGGCUCCGACCAGAUGGAGCGCUUCAACCAGACCGCCUCCUCGCUGCUGAACUCGCACCUAGACACGUACGUCAACAACCAGCUGCGCCAUCUCAACUCGCGCUACCAGGUGCAAAUCAACCUGGCCAAGGACGUCCUCAAGAAGGUGGAGGGCAACCUCGAGCAGCACGAGCAGUACGAGAACUACCUGGGCAAGACGCGGGCGUGGAUCGAGCACGCCAAGCAGGUGAUCCGGGACAGCUCGGACGCGUCGUCGGCGACGCCUUCGGGCCGCGACCGCGACCGGGACGAGCUGCAGGCGCGCCUCAACCAGAUCCAGGAGCUGCUGCGACGCCGCGAGGAGGGCCAGUCCCUGCUGCACGCCGCCAUCAACUGGGGCGAGAAGACGGUGCGCAACACGCGCUCGGACGGCAAGGACGCCAUCAACAGCGCGCUCAAGGAGCUGCAGACCGACUGGGACCGGCUCGUGCGCAAGAUCUCGACGGCCAAGGUGCAGCUGGAGACGGCGCUCUUGCAGUGGGCCGACUACAGCUCGUCCUACUCUCAGCUGCAGCAAUGGAUCAGCGACCGGGAGAACAAGCUGCAGCAGGUGUGCGAGCAGAAGGUGUCCAAGGCCAAGCGCGGGCAGGUGGCGGCGGGCCUGAGCUCGCUCAGCAUCGGCGAGCGCAAGGCGACGCUGCGCCAGACCAACAGCAUCGUGCAGGACAUCGUGUCCUUCGAGCCGAUGAUCCAGUCCGUGGCGUCCAAGGCCGAGGACCUGCUGCAGGCCGAGCCCGCGUCCGCCAUUUCGACGCAGUACGAGACGCUGAGCAAGCACGCCCGAGAGGUGUACGAGAAGCAGAAGGAGACGGUCGAGCAGCACCAGGCCUUCAUCGACGCGGGAACCGAGUUCAUGCAGUGGAUCCGCGCCGCCAAGGAGAAGCUGGGCAAGUGCUCCGAGCCGACGGGUGACAAGGAGUCCCUCAGCAGCAAGGCGUGGCACCUCAAGGUCCUGCAGAGCGAGACGGAAGAGGGCCAGGCCAAGCUGCAGCGCGCCCUCGAGGCGGGCGAGGCGGCCUGCCAGGUCGCCGAUGAGGAGGAGCGGGAGGUCAUCGAAGAGGAGGUGGCCCUUCUGCAGGAGGAACUCGACACGUAUCUGGAACAGCUCGCGCGCACCAAAGGCCUCCUCGAGGCGGGCAUCGUCAAGUGGACCGACUUCGAAGACCAACACAAGGAAGCCAGCGAGUGGCUGAGCCGCACCGAGACGCUCGUCCAGUCGUUCAAUCGGCUUCAGGACGGGCUGGAAGACAAGAAGAACGUUCUUGAGCAGUUCCAGCAACACCUGCAGCUGCUGUUUGACUGGCAGCAACAGCUCGACACGCUCAACCUCAAGGCGCAGGUGCUGCUGGAGACGUGCGCCGACUCUCGCGUGUCCAACGCCGUCACGCAGCUCACCACCAAGUACAACGCGCUGCUGUCGCUCGCCAAGGAGACCAUGCGGCGCCUCGAGGUGCAGUACCAGGAGCACCAGCAGCUGAGCACGCUGACGCAGGAGUGCCAGGACUGGCUGGAGCGCACCCGCGACAAGGUGGCCGAGUGCGGGGUGCCGCACGCCACGCUGACUGAGGUGAACGCGCGCCUGCAGGCCGUCAAGGCCAUUCGCCAGUCCCUGGAACAGGGGCAGAACAAGCUGCGGUACGCCCUGGAGCUCAAGGAGAAGGUGAUCCUCAACACGGAGCAGUCGGGGGCGGCCAAGAUCCAGGAGGACACGGAGAACCUGAAGCAAGAGUUUGAGCGGCUGUCGGCCGAGGUGAACGAACUCCGACAGCGGCUGACUCAACGGCAAGCGCAGCUCGAAGAGUUGUCCAAGGCGCACAAGCACCUACAGCAGUGGCUGGCGGAGCUGGAGGUGGCCGUCAGCGGCGCGGGCAGCUCGCAGCUGCUCAACGAGCUGAGCGACAAGCGCGCCGCGCUGGAGAAGCUGCGCUCCGUGCUGCGGGACAUCGCCGGCCACUCCGACGCCGUGGAGAGGCUAAAGGCGCGCCUCGCCGAGGACGCCACGCUGCCCACCGCCGCCUUCCAGGAGAGCUUCAACAAGUACGCCGAGCUGAGGGACACGGUGGCGGCCAACGUGGCCACCCUGGAGGCGCAGGUGCGAGAGCACGAGCAGUACCGCCAGGCGUACCAGGAGGCGGUCGACUGGCUGCGGCGCGCCCGCCUGGAGGUGCAGCAGUGCGGGGACGCACACGGCGACCAGGCGGCCAACGCGGAGCGGCAGCAGCGUCUGCAGCAGGUAAGUGCCACUUUGCCCGAGGGGAGCGCCCUCGUCCAGAAGUGCACCACGCUCAGCGAGGCCGUGGCGCGCACCACGGGCGCCGAGGGCUGCGACACGCUGCACAGCGAGAUCCAGCAGCUGCGCGACAACUGGGACUCGCUGAGCGCCGCCAUCCGCGACACGCACAAGACGCUGGCCUCGUGCGCCGAGGCCUGGGCCGCGUGGAACGGGCGCCUGGAGCGCGCGCAGCUCUGGCUGGACGACUUCAAGGCUCGCGUGGCGCCCGAGGAGCAGCGCGGCGACGAGAACUCGCCCGAGGACCUGGAGCGGUGCCGGGCGCUCAUGGCCGAGGCCACGCAGCAGAAGGCGGCCAUCGAGGAGCUGAGCGACGCCUGCGAGGUGCUGAUGGAGCUGGCGGCCGUGAGCUGGGUGCGGGACCGCACCGUCCAGCUGCAGUCCGCCUACUCGGCGCUCGUCACCAGCGUGCAGGGGCUCGUCUCCCGCGCGCAGAAGAACCUCUCCGACUACACCGAGUUCGUCAAGGCCAAGACGGAGCUGGAGAGCUGGCUGCAGCGCAGCCACGGCACCGUGCAGAGCUGCCGCGGCGUGGGCGACCAGGACUGGCUGCGGGACAAGAUGGACACGGUGCAGCUCGUCAACAACCGCAUGACCGAGGGUCAGCACCUCAUGUCGGCGACCCAGGAGGUGUUCGCCAAGGCGGUCAACACGGCGCCGGCCGACCGCCAGGACACGCUCCGCGAGGACAUGGCGGCCCUGCGCGCCAGCUGGGACCAGCUCAGCAGGGAGCUGGCCGCCGUGACGGCGCAGCUCAAGACGGCCCUGGGCCGCUGGGACGACCACGCCGAGAACAGGGCACGCCUCGCGCAAUGGCUGGACGAGACGGAGGCCUCGUUGGGCCGGGCGACGGCGACGCGCCCCGAGCUGGGCGAGAUGAAGACGGCGCUGGAGCGCUACCGUCACGCCCAGGAGGAGAUCGCCGGGAAGCGCGUGGAGCUGACGCAGCUCUUGACGGAGGCCACCGAACUGUCGCAGUGGGCCGGACGCCAGGCCCCGCUGGAGAGCGUGCGCGUUCUGGAGAAGCGCUGGGAAGAGCUCAACACCGCCUACAAGCAGCGCCGGGAAAGCCUGGAGCGCGAGAUGGGCGAGUACGCCGCCUACCAGCAGGCCAUCCAGGACACGGAGAAGUGGAUCCUGCAGGUGUCCUUCCAGCUGAUGGCGCACAACUCGCUCUACAUCACGAACCGCGCCCAGACGCAGGAGCAGAUCAGCGCCCACCAGGCGCUGCUGCAGGACAUCCGCAGCUACCAGGCCACGCUGGACAGCGUCAAGGACCGUGGGCGCGCUCAGGUGGAGCGCUACAAGAAGUCGACGCCCAACAUUCGCACCACCAUCGAGAAGCAGCUCAACAACAUGCAGGAGAGCUACCAGUCGCUGCUGCAGACGGCGCUGCAGAUCGAGGCUCGCCUCGCCGAGUCGCUCGCCAAGUUCCAGCAGUACGAGGACACGCUCGACUCCAUCUGGGUCAACCUGGACACCUUCGAGCAGGCCCUUCUCAACCAGGAGGCGGACGCGCCCGUGCUGAAUCUUCAGCAAGCCCAGCAGCAGCUUGAGAUCGCCAGGGGCAUGCACAACAAACUCCAGGGCGAGAAGGGCCGCCUGGCCGUGGCUGUGCAGGCGUGCGAGGCGGCCGCGGCGUGCAUCUCGCGGCCCAGCAGCCCCCAGGACACCGUGCCGCCGCCCAUUCCGGACCGCGAGCUGGCCGUGCGGGCGCGCCUCGAGGACCUCAUCGACCAGGUGCAGGGCCGCGUCGCGUCCCUCACCUCGGCCGUGGGCUCGCUGGAGGAGUGGGGCAAGGAGCGCGCCGCCCUCGAACAGUGGGCCGCGGAGCAGCUGGCCAACGUGACCGAGUGGCGCGCGCGCCCGGCCAAGCUGCGGCCCGAGGCGGCCCGCCAAGAGAUGGCCGUGAUGCAGGAGCUGGCCGUGCAGGUGACGGACAAGCGCACCAAGCUGCUGACGGACCUGCCGCAGGGCCCCGCCGGCGAGGACUCGGACCUGGAGGGCCAGCUGGCCUCGCUGGACCACCAGCUGCAGCAGGUCAUACACAAGAAGCAGGAGCACCAGGCCAUCAUCGACAACUUCCGCGCGUCGGCGCAGGACCUGACGUCCUGGCUGGACGGGCUGCUGCGCCGCGUGGAGCAGCUGGACCGCGGCGGCCACGACUGCGACUGGAAGCUGGCGCAGCUGCGCGAGAUCGCCGGCGAGCUCAACGAGACCGGCCCCUCGCGACACGCCGAGGUGAAGGCGCUGGCCAAGCAGGUUGUGGAGGUGGUGAGCAACCUGGACGCGCAGCAGGUGGAGGAGCAGAUGAAGGCGGUGGACAGGCGCUAUGGCGACGUGGAGAAGCGCCUGCAGCGCAAGACGCAGGUGCUGGAGCUGACGCGCAAGGGCGUGGAGAGCGCGCGCAACGAGAUCGACGCGGCGCGAGCCUGGGUGGCCGACAAGCUCCGCGAGCUGGGCGAGCUGCCGCCCCUGGGCACGACGGUGCGCGCCGCCGAGGAGCGGCAGCAGGCGCUCAAGGCCCUCACCAAGGAGGCCGAGGGCAAGCAGGUGCUGCUGGACUCGCUGACGAAGCGCGUCGACGGCAUGAAGUCGGAGCUGGAGCCCAGCGAGCUGGCGGCGCUCGAGUCGGCGCUGCGCUCGCUCGAGUCUGAGCAGGCCGAGCUGCGCGCCCAACUGCGCUCGCUGACGUCCGCGCUGGGCGCCUCCCUCGAGGCGCGCCGCUCGCUGGAGACCGGGCUGGAGGAGGCGCGCGCCUGGGUGCGCACCCGACUCACGGACCUGCAGCGCGCCGGCGACACCGCCCCGCUCAAGGCCGCCAAGGUGGAGCGGGAGAUACAGCAGUUCCAGCAAGCGGAGAAGGACGCCGAGUACUUCGGCAAGACGACCUUGGUUGACGUGACUAACCAGGGUCAGACGCUGAUCAAGGACUGCGUGCCCGCGGACAAGGUCAAACUGACUGAAGCUCUUCAAUCGUUGGCGGAAGACUUCGCUACGCUGCAGACGCUGACGGCCCGCCGCCUGGGGUCGCUCUCCGCCCUCCUGGAGAACCGUCGGCAGCUGGAGACCGACAUGGACCGCUGCCUGCAAUGGCUCAACGAGGCGGAAGUUGCCAUCUCUGCCGAGAUCCGCGCUACCAACCUGGAACUCCUGCAGGAGCAACUGACCAAGUACACCAAGCUGAGCGGCGAGUGCGAGGUGGUGGGCGCGGACGUGGAGCGCCUGUUCGUGCAGGGCCAGGGCGCCGUGCUGUCCACCGUGAGCGAGGCCGACAGGGCGCUGCUGUCCGAACAGCUGUCCGGCAUGCAGGUGCGCCAUGCCGUGGUGGCGGGGGUGAUCGCCACGCGGCUGGAGGCGCUGCGCGACGCGGUGCGCUGCCACGAGCGCGCCCUGGAGAAGGCCAAGGACAGCGCCAAGUUUGUGGCGACCGUGCACUCGCAGCUCAAGGAGCUGAGCCGACCCAUCGGCAGUCGCGUCGAAGACGUACAGGGUCUGCUGGACAACUACCAGAAACUGCUCUCAGACCUCAAGGACCAUCGGUCCUCGCUGACCGGCCUUGCCGCCGGCAACAUCGGGGAGCUGCAGGCCAUCGUCCAGGAGCAGGACGACCUGAUCGCCGCCAUCGAGGCGCAGAUCGACCGGCUGCGCAAGCUGCUUCUGCUCCGGGAGCAGUUCAUCGCCCUCAUCACCGAGAUCUCCACCUUCAUCCUGACGUACACCGGGGUGGUGCGCGACAUCGAGGCAUCUGGACAGCCUAGUGACGAGAAGAUCAAGCGCUACCACGACGUCAUCGAGAAGAUCCAAGAGUGCGAGGCGCUGCUGGCGUCCGCGUCCGAUAAGGGCCAGAUGAUCGCGAGCGAGGGCUCGGCGGCGGACCGCAACUCGGUGACGGAGCAGCUGCAGAGUCUCAAGAAUCAGCUGCUGGGACUGAGGCGGGCCGUGGACGCGGCUCGAGAGCAGCUGGAGCAGGCGGCCGCCAAGCACAAGCACCUGGCGGCCCAGCUGGGCGCCGCCCUGGCCUGGCUGCACGACCACGAGGCGCAGGUCAAGUCGCGACCGCUGCUUGCGCGCGACCCCGCGAGCGUGGACGCGCAGCUCACGAGCCACCAGGAGCUGUCGGCGGGCGUGCUGGCGCACCUGGACGAGGUCCGCAGCGUCAUGGACGCGGCGCGCCCCGAGGACUCGCUGCCGGGCUCCCUGCGCGAGCGCCUCAGCGAGGCCAGCCUGCUGCUCAACACGCUCCUCAACGAGCUGGCCGAGCGCGCCGCCUACCUGCAGAGCAACGCGACCCUCCGCCGCGAGCACCAGGCCCUCAAGGACAAGCUGCACGCCUGGGUCAAGGAGGCGCGCGGCCGCCUUGACCGCGACGCGCACGGCGUCGACUUCCGCAACGUGGUCUCGGACCUCGAGAUGCACAAGGUGUUCUUCGGCAGCGAGCAGGCCAUGCGCGAGCUGCUGUCGCACGACAUCCAGCAGGCGGCCGACAAGAUCUGGCCGUCGCUCUGGGCCACCGAGCAGGAGGAGCUCACCAACGAGCAGACGCACCUGACGCAGCUGCUCAAGAACACGCUCAACUCGGCCAAGUCGCGGCAAGCGCAGCUCGAGCAGGACGCCCAGGUGUGGCACGACUACUGCGCCGCGCUGGAGAAGGUGCGCUCGCUGCUGGAGCUGUACCAGUUCACCGACGAGCCCGUGUCCAACCUGGCGGGGCUGCACUACAACCUGGACAAGGUGACGCACGCGCAGCAGGACGUGGCCGCGCACCAGUCCGACGUGGACCUGCUCAACGAGCGCGCGCGAGAGCUGACGCGCCUCGCGGACGCCGCCAACCGCGCGCACGUCGAGCAGCAGAUCGCCGCCGUCAACCGCGAGUGGGAGGAGGUGGUCAGCGGCGUCGAGGGGCGCCGCGACGCCCUGGCGCGCCUCGCGCAGCAGUGGGAGCAGUUCGACGCGAGCUGGGUGGCGCUCGAGGCCAAGGUGGGCGACGCCGAGGACACGGCCCACCAUCUCGACCUCGUGGUGCGCUCCAAGGCGCAGCUCAGGGAGUCCACGAAAACGCUGCAGGAGCUGAUCCACGGACUGGAGGCACUGCAGACGCCCAUCGACGAGCUGGUGGCGCUGUCCAGCACCAUCGUGGCCUACCUCGGCAUCUCGUGCGAGCCCGCCUCGCGCGCGCUGCGGGACAAGCUGCACCACUUCACCGAGCGGCACGCCAAGCUCAUCGCGGACCUCAAGCUCAAGCUCGCGCAGGCCAACGCUGAUCUCGAGAGUCUCGAGACUGUAGCAGCGGAGAUCAACUCUCUGCGUUCCACUCUACAGUCCCUGGACGGCGAGGUGCGCGCCGCCUACGUGUUCGGCGAGGAUCAGGACGCCGCAGAGCAGAGGCUUCAAGAGCUCGGUGGACGUGUUGACGCGAGCGUUUGCCGCGUCAAGAAGCUCGGCACCGACACAAAGCAGCGCUACACCGCGGUCCAGCAGCUCGUGCCGACGGAGCUCGCCCAAGAACUCACGUCUCUAGAGCUACUGUCCGAGUCGGUUAGCGCCGCCAUGGAAGAAAAGGACCGGGACCUGAAGCGCGCGCGCACCGUACGAUCAGACUAUGUGCGCGACGUAGACGCGGUGACGGCGUGGAUCCAGCGCGCCGAGCUGCGUGUCCAGGACCGGUCGGCCGAACCGCAAGUACUGCGGGAUCACCUUCAGCAGGUGCAGGCGGAGAUAGGGCCCACGGAGGACAGGUUGGAGCGACUUAGCCGCAAUGCCCGCACCAUCCUGGAGCACACACAGGACGAGGAGGAAAAGGCACGCGUGCAGGCCACGGUGCGCUCUCUCAGCGACCAGCUACAGCAGGUGCGUACCUGGCUGCAUGACAAGAAGCAGCAGGUGGGAGACUCCCUCGACGCGUGGGCGAGGUUCAUGUCACUGCACCAGGCGGUGCUUGCUUGGGUCGAGGAGCAGACCAAGUUCCUGGCCACCCCGCUGCACCUCGACUCUCUGACGCAAGCCCGCCAAAGACUGCAUGAUUACACGACUGCGCUACGCAGUAGUAAACAGGCUGGCAAGAAUCUCAGUGACAUGUCACGAGAACUGGAACAGAUAGGUCAAGUCACGGCUGUCGGCGACUUACCUGAAAAAUUACAAGCUGCAGAAGAAGCCAAGAUGAAAGUGGAGACGUUACUUUUAGAAAGGAAUGCGUUACUCCAAGAAACGAGUGAGGAAUGGGAACGAUGCGAAAGAAAAAUGAAGGAUGUGCGUUCAUGGAUGGAGAAAACUCAGCAGUCGUUAGACUCGCCACAAAACAGGAAACGUCCCCUGCGAGACCAACACGCAAAUAGAGAGAAACUGCUUGCUGAUGCAUCAACCCAAAAGACAAAAAUUGCCUUAUCUGUGGAAAAACUCCAGAUUCAUUUUCGGUCUGGAGUGGGAGGAAAUGGUAAGGUGACGGAGGAAGCUAGCCAAUUAAUAAACGAACUUGAUCGACUGAUGAACGACAUCAAGGAGCAAACAACCACACUUGAGGCUUGUCUAUCACAAAUCGACACAUAUCAGCACGAGAUUCAACAGCUGAGGACUCAAAUUGUGUCCGUAGAGGCCCAGCUCCGAUCUGCUCUUAGCCCCAACUAUUCACCUCACGACAGAGAUCGGGCAUUGCAUGAUCAAAACUUUCAGAUUAAUGUGGUCAAAGCAUUGCGAAUACCGCAAGCUUCUUCGUGAGUUUUCUGGCAAGUGCUAGACUUUUCCCAAAACCCUUUGUGAUGCCAUAUUUCCUCUUGCACCUUCAUGUCGCCGUCCAUUAAUACAAAUCGUUAUGGUUUAAAGUGUAUGUUGAUGUCCUCUGUAAAUGAUAGUUUGAAAGCAAUAGAAAACCUAUAAGUAAACUAUUUACAGUUGAUGGAAAUCCAAUCGACAAUGCAGCCGUACGUCGUGAUGGUCGCAGUAACUAAUUAAUCAUUAACUUAGUCCCAUGCCACGACCUCAACGGUUCAGUUGACUUUGCAGACCUUACUGAAUCAGCUAGUUCCUAUCUGCACGCUUCUGAAGCACUUUUAAAUUACCUUGUUUUGAUUUUUAUUGGUGCCUGUAUUGUGCAUGAUUCAUGUGAGAUUAUGUAUGACCCACAUUCCUCGUAUAUCUGUUACGAUUAGUAGUACUCAAUCAGCAAGAAAGGUACGAUAGUAUUCUCAUAAAGCUUGCAUUUUUGAGAGAGUGAUUUUUGUAUUAAAAGAAAAGUUUAUUUAUCUACCCUUAAAUUGCAUAUUGACCUUGUUUUUUUUGAUAAAGGAAUGGACACUUAUGGUUUUCUUUUAUAUUGUUAUUCUUGUACGAACUCUACUUGAAGCUCAUUUUAUUUUACUUGUCUUCAAAUGUGUACAGAAUUUAAAGCCCUUAAACUCGGCGUAUUGUCUGAAUUUUUAAAUGCCUGGUGGGUGCGUUUCAACCGCCCUAAUUUUACUCGAACAUAUUCAGACUUAUUUACUUGGUCUUGUGCGUCUCCUCUUCUUCAAGUUAGAUUUCUUGUGGUUACAUCCUUCCAUCACAUUCAUAGUACCAGUUAUAAUAGCGAAGACGAAAGACAGCAUUUGUCUUGGAUUUCCUCAACCUUGUAUCGAUGAAGUGUUCCAAAUAAUAUUUUCCGUGUUCGACUGUCUUCAGGGCAAACAAUAUAGGGCCAUUACUUUCCAAAGUGCUCAGCUCGUUUACUGAAACUGGCUCUCAAUUGCGAUCUGAAUGAAAAAUUUCGUCGAUACUUAAGCUUAUAAUGUUGGUGACCUGUCUUUCUAAUACUCACAGCGUGUUUGAUAUCUCUCCUGCUCCCUUCCCCUUC